AUGAAGCCUAACAAUAAUAUUGUGGCAAAUAUUUUUGAUUGCGUUAAAGACUUAGAUUAGUUCAACAAUUAUGGCAAAACAUUUGCAUAAAAAGUUUGUAAACAAAAAGCUAAAGACUUGGAUGCUGAACAACUUAUUGCGCAAGUAAAUGAAAAUUUUGUACAGAGAUUUAAUGGAAAAUAAGAAGACGCAUUCUAACUAUUUUUGAAUAUUUAUGAUGUCUUUAAGCGAAAUCAAGCUAAUCAUAUUAGUUAUAAUAUCUUUAUGGAAGGCUUUAUCAAAUAUCUAGUUAACAAAGGUGAUAUUUAAUUUUUAGCUAAUUUAGCAAAAGAUAAUUGGAAGCUUAUUCCUGGCGACGUCUUAGAAAGAUACUUAGACUUCUUUUAAAUAAAAGAAGCAAUACCUCUUGAAGAUAUAAAAUAGAUUGUUAAUUACUUGAUUAUGAUUAAGAAAGUCAAUGAAGCACUUAAAGUUAUUGGCGUUUUUAAUGUAAGAAAUAAAUUAGAUAUGAAGGAAAUGAUAGAAAGAAUGGUCAAUUAAGAUAAAAUUAAUGAAGCACUUACUAUAGUUAAUGAUGAAGACAUAGAAUUACAAAAACACUUUGUGAAUUAAUUAAUUUUUAAAAAUUAUGAAGACAAAUGUAUUGAAAUUAUUGAAAAGUACAACUUAAACUAUAAAGAAUUUCCUUAACUUGUUGAUAGAAUGGAGAAAAAAAAGGUAGCUAAAAUAUUAUAAGAUUGCAAUCAAAAUUGGGAAAAGGCAGAAGAAAGAAUUAAUUCAUAAAGUUAACUUUUAUUUUACCUUGUUGACUUGUUAGUGCAAAAAAAGAAAUACCAAGAAGCAGCCUCAAUAAUAAGCAGACACUAACUUAAUAAAAUAUUCUAAACUCAAAUUGAUUCAUUAGCAUCACAUUUUGAGUUAAAUUAGCUUUUGUAAGAUAAAAGCUAAAACACUAUGCUAAAUAGAAUAUUAGAGAGAGAUGGGUUUGGGCCUACAGAAGUCCUUUGUUUCUUAGAAUAGGAAAAAUAUCUUACUUUAGAAGAAUGUGGAAUAAAUUAAACAGACGUUUACUUUAUCGACCAAAUUAAUUAAGACUUUAAGAUAGCUGUUGAGAUUUUAACUAAAUCAAAAUUGAUAGGUUUUGACAGUGAAUUCAUUCCAAGAUGGAAUAAAUUUGAAAAAGGAGGUAUAGCAACUCUACAGCUUGCCACAAAUAAUAAAAUAUUUAUAUUUGACACAAUUAAGCUACUAGAAAAUGAACAAUUUCUUGAUUUUGUGACAUAUUUAUUUGAAAAUGAAAAUAUACUCAAAAUUGGUCAUAGUAUUUGGUAAGAUAUUAACGAGAUGGAUAAAACAUUUAAAGCCAAAAAGGAAAUGAAAAUAAAAAGCUUUUAAGAUGUAGGCAUAAUUUACAAAGAAGCUCUAAAUUUAGAAAAUGUAUCCUCACUUAAAUAAAUGUGCUAUUAAAUUUUAAAAUAAAAGAUAUCUAAAUAUGAGCAGAUAUCAGAUUGGAGCAAAAGACCAUUAAGAAAAUGCUAAAUUCAUUAUGCAGCUUUAGACGCUUUACUGCCUCUAAUGCUGUAUGAGCAAAUAAAUUUAAUGAUUGAAAAUGAUAGUCUAAAGCUGCUAUAAUCAUAGUCCUUAGAUAAAAAUAACUUAUAAUAUUCUAGUAAAACUAAAUAUAAUGAAUAACCUUUAUAAGUAGGAAAUUUUUUUAAAUACAGCAAUAGAACUGAAAAUUUCUUUAAGAAUAAAUAACCAAAAUUUAUUGUUGAUAAUAUGUUGUAUAAGCUAGUAAAAUAUCUUCGAAAUAGUGGAAUAGAUUCCACUUUUCUUUAAGAUAAAAAUUAUAAAUUAAUAUGUGAUUUAAGCAACAAAGAAGAAAGAAUUAUCUUAACAAGAAACUCAAAAUUUUUCAAAUAAAUUUUAUGUUAAGCUCCAGUUUUUUUAAUUUAAGAAACCACAAAUACAGAGAAUCAAUUUAAGGAAAUACUUAAUUUCUUCAAGAUAUAAGUAGAUGACGGUAUGAUUCUUUCUAGAUGCAUUAAAUGUAAUGGAGACAAAUUAGAAAUUAUAUCUUCUGAAUAAGCUCAUAAAUAUGUAGACUUUUACAAUCCGAAUUAUUCUGAUUUUUAGUUUUUCCAAUGUGCUUCUUGUAAGCAAGUUUAUUGGGAAGGUGAAAAGUUUAAAAGAUCAAAGGAAAGAUUUAAUUCUAUUGCAUAAAAUGUAAACUAAAAGUUAAAUUCAGGUAGCCAAUAAAAUGAAGAAAUAUCAAGCUAAAAAGAUUGA